AAGUUGGCAACACUGUUGGUAUCAGCUGUUUGCUUUUGUUGCUCGAACGUAAAUUUGGCUUUUGCAACACAAUAAAAUGGUUUUAACCAAGGAAGAGGAGGCGUUCAUUACUCGCAAGCAUGAGCACACACUCAAACUGCGCAACGAGUACCUGAAACAGAGCUCGAAUCCCUUCCGCCAUGCCACCGGCGAAGGCGGCACUGUGUUCGAUGCCGGCCUAGCGCGCUUCCAGGCCAUGCGUGUGUCCAACUACGAGCAUUUCCGGCCAACCGGACACUCUUUCCGUAUGGGUCUCUUUGCCGUCGUGCUUCCCAUCGUUGUGUACGCUUGGGCGCUGAAGAGCGAACGAGAUGGGCGGGAAGAGAAAUACCGUACAGGUCAGGUUUCCUACAAGGAUCGCCAGUUCAAGUUCAUUUAAGUCAUUCUUUUGCAUUAUGUUGCAUAGUGAAAUUAAACGCAAACAUGUUAACGUAAA